AUGUAUCCAUCCCCUGCAGAAUCGGCGUCGCAGAGCGUCAGAUCGACUUCGAGGGAGUCACCUUCUGCUCCAAACAUGUAUACAGACCGCAAACCCUCAUCCGCUACUAGUGGGAACUCGACCCCAAUGCCUCUGCGUCGCAGUCACACCAAGUCCCGCAAGGGCUGCCAAGAGUGUAAAAGGAGACAUGUCAAGUGCGAUGAAGAACUUCCCAAAUGUACACUAUGCAAAAAGCGCAGGCUAGAAUGCAUAUAUCCUCAAACUCCAGUGGAUGCAGACAGUCCAAAUGGCUCAAGUAUUGCUGAGAGUGGACCCCGAAGUCCGCCAACCGAAAUACCCUGGUCAGCUCGAAUGCUGGAAAUGCGCCUCAUGCAACACUACUUGACUUCGACAUAUCUCACCUUGGCCCAAGACGGCCACUCCCCAUAUCAUCUUUCUGUUAGCAUUCCACAAGCAGCGACCUCCCUUCCUUAUUUACUAGACAGCAUCCUCGCAUUUUCAGCACUGCAUUUAGCCUACGUCGAACCUGACAACCGGUCCUCAUGGAUAGAUGCCGCUAUGAAAUAUCAGAGCAAAGCCUGCUCGGGGCUAUAUCAAGCUCUACCGGAGCUCAAGAAACCACAAAUUGAGACAGCCUUUGUUUCAUCUGUAUUCAUCAUGCUUUUUGCAACUGGAUUCCCUGUGAUCUCGUUUGACGGUCCCAUCUCAGAUCCAAUUCAAAAGGUGAUCGAGUUCCGCAUCUUGAUUUCUGGCUCCGCCGUGCUCUUCAGGCGAAUGAGAGAGCUUGGAUUUCAAGGAGAGCUUAAGGGCUGGCUCUGCGCGCCCGGCGCAGAGGAAAGACUGGACGGCAUAGAAAUAAACAGUGGCCUAGUAGAUGGAACCGCUAAAAAGUUAUUUGAACUACAUGACGAUUUAUUACAACAACUCAACAACCUAAACGCAAUGAUCGAUAUGAACCCACGACCGAACUCACCGCUUUACAAAACAACUUUGCAACUGCUCCGUCACGGAAUAGAGCCGUGGCCCAAAAUCGGUGUUCAGGGCGGAAUCAUUGCAUGGCCGCUGUUCAUCACCGAAGAAUACAUAACAAUACUUCAACAAGGUGAUUGGUUCGCCCGCAUUUUGUUUCUAUAUUACUGUGUGGGAAUGCGACUUAUGUGCAAUCGUUGGUAUGUUCGUGAUUGGAGCCGUCGACUGGUCCUUGGGAUGUUUGAAUCACAGGGUCAGGUUCCACCUAUGUGGAUAGAAACUAUUCGCUGGAUGAAACAGGCUGUUCAAAUUGAUGAAUAG